AAUAAAUAAAUGAGUCCCGUUCCGUCUGCAGCAGCGUCAAGUUCGAAGACACACCUGAAGUCGCAGCCGCGCGCUUACGUGCCAUUAUUUCGUGACUUUCGAGUGCUACUAACGCGGCCAAAUCGCAUCAAAAUAGCAACGUUCAAUAAAUACAAAUUGUGGCCCGUUGUCGUGUGUUAAAUGUGCAUUUAAAAUUUCCCCGAAAGCGGAUAACCGAAAAACGGAGAGUUCUUCUGUUCUACACACAGUGUAUAUUGUGCCAAAUCAGAAAUCUUUGAAUAUUUCUGAACACCAGCAGUGCAUAUACGAAUAUCAUAUAUACACACUCACACUCACUGAAACACACACACACACAACCUGUGCUGCUUCUUCGGUUGAAUCUAUUUGUUAUUGUUGUUACCGUUGCUGCUCAUUGAAUGUCCGAAAAUAAAGGCAUCAUGCUUGCAAAAUCUAUGCAAAAACACGCUGGACGUGCCAAGGAGAAGAUUCUACAAAAUUUGGGCAAAGUUGAUCGCACCGCAGAUGAGAUCUUUGAUGAUCAUUUGAAUAAUUUCAAUCGCCAGCAAACAAAUGCCAACAAAUUACAAAAGGAGUUCAAUAACUACAUAAGAUGCAUACGCGCCGCACAAACCGCCUCAAAGUCGCUGAUGGAUGCCGUGUGUGAAGUCUAUGAGCCACAAUGGAGCGGCUACGAUGCUCUGCUAGCACAAAGCGCCGCCUCGGAGAGCUUGUGGCUGGACUUUGCACACAAACUGGGUGAUCAGGUGCUGAUACCGCUGAACACAUACACCGGACAGUUUCCCGAAAUGAAGAAGAAGGUGGAGAAACGCAAUCGCAAGCUCAUUGACUACGAUGGCCAACGUCACUCGUUCCAGAAUCUGCAGGCCAAUGCCAACAAGCGCAAGGAUGAUGUUAAGCUAACCAAAGGUCGUGAGCAAUUGGAGGAGGCACGUCGCACCUACGAAAUUUUGAAUACGGAACUGCACGACGAGUUGCCCGCCCUCUACGACUCGAGAAUAUUAUUUUUGGUUACCAAUUUGCAGACACUGUUCGCCACCGAGCAAGUGUUCCACAAUGAAACGGCCAAGAUCUAUGCGGAACUUGAGGCAAUUGUUGAUAAACUGGCUACAGAAUCGCAGCGCGGCUCAAAUACGCUGCGCAAGCAAGCAAUAAAUGCCAUCAAGACGUCGAGUCCAGUGCAAUCGCCAGUGAACAAAUUGAAUAAUGCCAAUGCCAACAAUAGCAACUAUCAGAAUCAAAUAACCACAAACGGCGGCUCCAGCCUGGCCAACAGUCCAACAUCCACAAGCUCGUCAAUGCUUGAGCCACGAUUUGAUUCAGUUUCUUCAACGCCAGAGCCGACGCCUGAGUCGGCACAGCUUUCAGACAGCCCCGUGCAGCAGCUGGAGAGGGCAGCCGCAGGAGCAGCGGCAACUAAUGGCAUCAGCACCACAAUAACCACAACAACAAAGCUGGUGGAGACCGCUGAGCUGAGCAGCCCCAAUGCGAACACAACAAAAACAACAACGACCACAACCACAACAGAGGAAUCAACCAGUGAAAUGGCAGCUAAUGGUAAAGAGACAACGACAACAACCACAACAACAACAACAGCAGGAGCAGCAGCGCCGGCCGCAUCAAAUGGCAACAACAAUGAAGUGGCAGCAGCACCACCCACAGCCACUAGCACCAACAGCAACUCCACCACCACUACCACUACGGCAAAAGAGCCCGGCAAGCAGCCGAAAGAGCUGCCGGAUGGUCAGUCGAAUGCCAAUGGCAAUUCGAGUUCGCUUGAGGAGCACAAGCAAAAGAAAUUAGAUACAGAAACAGUUAGCCUUAUCCAAAACCAAUUAGUUAAUAGCCAAACUGUUAAUAAGCAUUCUAAUAAAAAUCCCUUCGACGAAGAUGACGAGCGCAUCUACGAAGUGCCCAAGGAUGCCAAUACCGCUGAUUUGCCACCUGGUGUGCUAUAUCGCGUUAAGGCGACCUAUGGCUACGUCAAGGAGGAUGUCGACGAGCUGAGCUUCGAGAUUGGUGACAUCAUACGCGUCAUCGAGUACGAUGAUCCCGAGGAUCAGGAGGAGGGCUGGCUAAUGGGUCAAAAGGAAGGCACAAACGAGAAGGGCCUGUUUCCGGCCAACUUUACGCGUCCCAUUUGAAAAGCUGACGCAGCGACGAUGACGGGAUAAAUUCAAAGCAACUAAAUAAACAACAUGCAAUAACUACAACAACAAGAACCAGAACAACACCAACAAGAACACCAACUUCAGCCCCCUAUUUUUGUUAUACAACUUAUAUAUACAAAAAAAAAAAAAAAAAAAAAAAAAACACAGUUUUUACAUACAUAUUAUACAAAUUUUUAAGAACGAACUUAAAUACUUUCGGCCAAAUUUUCACACAGCGCUGCAUCGCCUUAUAUAUAAAUAUAUUUUUUUUCUCCUGUCCAUAAGCUCCACUAGCUGGGGUCAUGAUUUUUGUAAAAUUAACUGUUUGGAUUAAUUUGUAAUUCGUACUUGAAUAAACAGUCGUGUAUUUGUUAGAGCAGUGCUUCCAAACAUUAUUUUAAAUAUAAUUAUUAUUACUAUUACUCUUCUUAUUGUUGAGAGAAAUGAUUGCACAUACAAAAUAUUUUGAAAAUGUUUCAUAAAUAUUAUUUUCCUAGUUGUAAGAGAGAUAAACACAAACACAGACAUAAACGCAUACACACACAUAUAUAUAUACACACACACACGUAAAAAAUAUUUGUUAAAUCUAUUAUUGUGCUCAUAAUUAAAACGAACAAAAUGUAUCUAAAUUAUAAUUUGUUAGAAAACCAAAAG